AUGGCAACCGUGUUCCCGUUGGCUUUUGAGGCAGCCUGGCCAGGGUCGUCGAAUCCGGAGACAACAGCUUUCAUUUCCGCGCUCGGCAGGUACCAGACCCACGACAGUCGCCCACUCUUGACCUCAGCCGUGGAUCCUCUCAUACUAGCCACCAGGGAGCAAGCUGCAGCGAUGCUUGCGGAAUUUCGAGACUCGGCUCAGGACGGUCGAGGCGCAUUCGGUUCUGGUGGGAUCUACUACUGGGUCGAUAUCGAAGCUGUUCUGAAAGACUACCUAGCGUAUGUGGACGGUGGUCGGGCACUCGAAGCGAAUCAGAAUGUUGUGGCUGCCAACGCCGUGUUCGCCGUUGCCUGCCAGUUAAAUCCACACUGUGCGCCUGACUGGGAACCCGGCUUUGGACAGACCUUCUUUGCUAGAGCCAGACACCUGGUUGGGAACCCCCUUGAUGCCUCGAUGAUCAGCGAUGCCACUGUGCUAGCCCUUCUCGGACUCUACCUGCUGAAUAGCAACCGUCGAGAUGCUGCAUAUAUCUACAUCAGUGUGUCCAUGCAUAUCCUUAUCGUUCAUGGAGUUCACCGCGCGUGGAUGGUUGAUGAACAAGGUAAACGGCUGUUCUGGACCGUCUAUGUGCUUGACCGGUGGCUGAGUUGUCUGAUGGGAAGACCGGCUCUCGUUCCAGAUGAGGCGAUCAAGUUGGAUCUGCCUCGAGAAACCGCCAAAUUACCACAAGCCGCCGGUCUCCGUGCACACGUCGAGCUUGCCCGGAUUUCAAACUAUAUUGUCUCCAAUGUCUAUGAUGUCGCACGUAAGGAGCCUCUCAUGAGUACUCUGUGCAUUCAAAAGUCUCUGAGCUUGUUGACGUCUUGGUCUGACACUCUUCCGGCACCAGUGCAGGGCACGGACGAAAACUUUGAUAGCGACCGAGCUGUAGUUGAGUUGCACAUGGCGAAGAACCAGCUGAUCAUUCUCGCAGUGCGUCCUUUGCUCUUCAUCAACGUCAAGACGGUCACUGCGGACAUGCUUCUCAAUGCCCGAACAACUGGCCAUCAGAUAUCGCACAAGCCCGAGCUCGCUCUCUGCGCUGACGCUGCGAGACUCAAUGUGCAUCUCUGGAAUAGGCUACCAAGUUUGCAGCGCCCUGCAAGACUGUCUGUUUCGAGCGUGCACUAUCUGUUCAAUGCUGCUCUCGCUUUGCAACUGUAUCGACUCCUGGCGGACAACGAUCCGCAAGGUGACUAUGAUGCAAUCAGCUUCAUUGUUUCUGUGCUUGAUGUGGAUGAGGGCAGCAACAGGGCCUAUGCCAAAGAUUGCGCACAGGUGCUUGCAGAUUUCGGCUCGCUCAUGAACAGACUAGGCAGUGUCGACUUUUCAAAGACGGCUUCCAGGGGAGGUGAUAUUCGAGGUAAUGGACAAGGCCUGCCAUCGCAUUCCGCCAUUGUCCUGUCUCCGAGCAAUGGGGCCGGCUCAACAAGCUAUGCAGAGUCGUAUCGUCACUCGCAAGCCAGCCCUGGGUCCACAAGUGGCGACAUAGACGCCACACGAUCAAGUGCAUCAACUAGCUCGGUGUAUGGCCGCCGUGCCUACAAUGAGUUGCUUUCAUGGUUGGAGACCGACAAUCUUCAGCAACGUUUUGACUUUCCACACCGCUUCGGAUGA